AUGCUUUAUGUGCUGGGAAAGAUUACUCUUCCGGAGAAGACCACAAGAGGUUGGCUCAUCCGUAAUGUGACAAAUCGACACGGGGAAGCUCGUGAGCGCUUGCUGGGCUGGCUCGAUAAUGUCGCUAGCGCUAGGGUCAGGUUAAAUCGGUCUGAUAUGGUGGAAAAGACCGUUUUCAGGAUGCUAGAGCCCGGAAUCGAUUCUAGACUCCAUGCUUCAGAGAUCGCGGCCAGCGUUGAGGAUUUGAAAGAAACCUUGGGCAUCAAAUUUCACUCCUCAAACUUGCAACCGCACUCGGUCGGGGACAAGGGAAAACCAUCUGAGGUGAAGGAUCUCACGAAAAGAAAAGCUCGGUGGACAACGUCCGACUAG